AUGUACUUUCAAAAUCUUGCCGCCGUUUCUGUGGCCUUGCUGGCCGGUACAUCAAUGGCCGCACAAUACAACGGCGGCGAAAUACCUUCAAAUUUGAGAAACGGACGCGCCAAAUUGCGUGCCAUUGAUCUUCUUUCCGGUUCUUCGUCGGCACAGGUGGUCACAGUUACACCGUUCGCUGGCGCUGGUGCUGAUGCUAGCAAAGUCAUGCUGUCCAUGUCUUCGAUUGCCAAAGCAUCAUCCUCGGCAGCUCCUUCGUUAUCAAAGCCAAGGCCAUCAUCUAAAUUCAAAUCUUCGGCAAAACCAUCAAAGUCCGUCGCAGCAGGAUCUUCAUCCGCCCAUCGUCCCGCUCAAGAAACGCACGCUGCCCAAAAGCCUUCGACAAGCCCUUCGUCCGCCAACGACGUAAGCGUCCCAGUUCAAGAACUCGCCGAACAGGCAGACAGCACCACCAACAAGGACUCAGACAAGCCCUUCUGGAGCAAACCAAUCUCCAAACCCAACGGCAAACCGCGUCCCAACGCGCUAGACUUUAGCGAGGCGCCCGAGAUACGCGUUGAUGACAAGGAUAGCUGCUCUUUGCGAUGCUAGGAUUUGGCGAAU